AUGAGUACUAAACCAGGUGAAAUCGAUGAGAGUCUUUAUUCUAGACAAUUAUAUGUUUUGGGUAAAGAAGCCAUGUUAAAGAUGCAAUUAUCAAAUGUCCUUAUUAUUGGUAUGAAGGGUCUUGGUGUAGAAAUUGCCAAAAAUAUUGCUUUAGCUGGUGUCAAAUCCCUUACUUUAUAUGAUCCAACUCCAAUUACUAUUCAAGAUUUAUCUACUCAAUUUUUUUUCUCAGAAAAUGAUAUUGGUAAUAAAAGAGAUAUUGUCUCACAAAUUAAAUUGGCAGAAUUAAAUGCUUAUGUACCAAUUCAUGUCCUAGAAUCUAUGGAAGAUGAACAUCAAUUACAUGAUUAUCAAGUAGUUGUAGCUACAGAAACUGUAUCCUUAGAAGAUAAAGUUAAAUUAAAUAAUUAUGCUCGUGAACAUGGAAUUAAAUUUAUCUCUACAGAGACAAGAGGUUUAUUUGGUAAUGUCUUUGUAGAUUUAGGUAAAGAAUUUACCGUUUUAGAUAUAACUGGUGAAGAACCAAAGACAGGUAUUGUUUCUGAUAUUGAACCUGAUGGAACCGUUACUAUGUUAGAUGAUAAUAGACAUGGUCUUGAAGAUGGUGAUUAUGUUAACUUUACAGAAGUUCAAGGUUUAGAAAAAUUAAAUGAUGGUACACCUUAUAAAGUUGAAGUGUUAGGCCCAUUUGCCUUUAGAAUUGGUUCUGUAAAACGUCUUGGUGAAUAUAAGAAAGGUGGUAUUUUCACUCAAGUGAAAAUUCCACAAAAUAUUACAUUCAAAUCUUUACAAGAUAAUUUAACUGAUCCUGAAUUUGUAUUUUCAGAUUUUUCAAAAUUCGAUAGAUCUAGUCAAUUACAUUUAGGGUUCCAAGCAUUACAUCAAUUCCAAGUUAAACAUCAAGGUGAAUUACCAAGACCAAUGAAUAUAGAAGAUGCAAACGAACUAGUUAAAUUAACAACCGAUUUAUCAGUUCAAGAACCAAACGUUUUUGGUUGUGAACAAACAAAAGUAAAUGAAAAAUUGAUUCAUGAAUUAUCUUUCCAAGCUAGAGGUGAUAUUCCCGGGGUCGUUGCAUUCUUUGGUGGGUUAGUUGCACAAGAAGUAUUGAAAGCAUGUUCUGGUAAAUUUUCUCCAUUGAAACAAAUAAUGUACUUUGAUUCCUUAGAAUCAUUACCAGAUUUAAAGAACUUCCCAAGAACUCCAGAAAAUACAAAACCAAUUAAUUCUCGUUAUGAUAAUCAAAUUGCUGUGUUUGGUCUUGAUUUCCAAAAGAAAAUUGCUAAUUCAAAGGUUUUCCUUGUUGGUUCCGGUGCUAUUGGUUGUGAAAUGUUAAAGAACUGGGCCUUGUUGGGUCUAGGUUCCGGUGAUAAUGGUCUAAUUGUAGUUACUGAUAAUGAUUCUAUUGAAAAAUCUAAUUUAAAUCGUCAAUUCUUAUUUAGACCAAAGGAUGUCGGUAGAGAUAAAUCCAGUGUUGCAGCUGAAGCUGUCGCUGUUAUGAACCCAGAUCUCAAGAAUAAGAUUAAGCCAAUGACUGACAAAGUCGGCCAAGACACAGAAGAUAUAUUCAAUGAUACAUUCUGGUCCCAACUAGAUUUUGUCACAAAUGCACUAGAUAAUAUUGAAGCACGUACUUAUGUUGAUCGUCGUUGUGUCUUUUUCCAAAAGCCUUUAUUGGAAUCUGGUACUUUGGGUACUAAAGGUAAUACACAAGUAGUCAUUCCAAGAUUAACGGAAUCAUACUCUUCUUCAAGAGAUCCUCCUGAAAAGUCCAUCCCAUUAUGUACUCUACGUUCAUUCCCAAGUAAAAUUGAUCAUACAAUCGCAUGGGCUAAAUCAUUAUUCCAGGGCUAUUUCUUCGACACCCCAGAAAAUGUUAACAUGUACAUUUCUCAACCUGAUUUCAUUGAUCAAACUUUAAAGCAGAGUGGUGACGUCAAGGGAAUCCUUGAAUCUAUUGCUGAUUCUCUACUAAAGAAACCAGAAAAUUUCGAAGAUUGUAUUAGAUGGUCUCGUUUGGAAUUCGAGAAAAAAUUCAGCUAUGAUAUCAAGCAAUUAUUAUACAAUUUCCCUGCUGAUGCAAAGACUUCUAAUGGCGAUCCAUUCUGGUCUGGUUCUAAACGUGCACCAACUCCACUUGAAUUCGAUAUUAAUAAUCCUGAACAUUUUGGGUUUGUUGUUGCUGGUGCAAACUUGCGCGCUUUUAACUACGUUUUGCCAAGUAGUGACAAUCUAAGAGGCUCUCCUGAUGUUGAAUUAUAUAAGAACGUUAUUGGUUCUAUGACUAUUGCUCCGUUUACACCAAAUGUCAAUCUUAAGAUUCAAGUUAAUGAUGAGGAUCCAGACCCAAAUGCUGGUAACCCAAUGGGCGAUGAAAUUGAUACUCUGACUGCUUCUUUACCAGACCGUUCUUCAUUGAAAAAUUUCAAAUUAGAACCGGCUGAGUUUGAAAAGGAUGAUGAUUCUAAUUACCAUAUAGAUUUUAUUACCGCUUGCUCAAACUGUAGAGCAUUGAAUUACUCCAUCGAAGUCGCUGAUCAUCAAAAGACCAAAUUUAUUGCGGGGCGUAUCAUCCCUGCAAUUGCAACUACCACCGCUCUUGUAGCUGGUUUAGUUAACCUGGAGCUGUACAAGGUGGUUGAUGGUAAGACUGAUAUCGAGCAAUACAAGAACGGUUUCGUUAAUUUAGCAUUAUCAUUCUUCGGUUUCUCAGAACCAAUUGGCUCUCCAAAAGGAAAAUACAAUGACAAGGUAUAUGACAAGAUAUGGGACAGGUUUGAUAUCCAAGGUGAUAUAACUCUUGGUGAUUUGGUAGAACACUUCGAAAAGGAAGAAGGUCUUGAGAUCACUAUGUUAUCAUAUGGUGUUUCAUUAUUGUAUGCAUCUUUCUUCCCUCAAAAGAAAUUAAAGGAAAGAAUGUCGCUACCAAUUUGCCAAGUUGUUAAGCUUGUUACUAAACAAGAUGUUCCAGCUCAUGUCCGCACAAUGAUUUUGGAAAUUUGUGCCGAUGAAAAGAACGGUGAAGAUGUAGAGGUUCCAUAUGUAACUAUUCAUUUAUAA